UUCCUUUUAAUCCAUCCAUGGACGACAUGUACGGCCUUCAUCCGACCACCGCCACCACCAGCGAUUACGCCGAUAGGUCCUUGAUGUCGCCUGAUCACUUGAUGAUUCCGGAUGAAUAUCAGAGAUUCCUUUCCUCCUCCUCCGUCGUCGGCGCCGACCAUCACAGGAUUCCGAUGUUCGGAUCGGAUGACUUUAUCUCCGCCGCUUCUGCCAUAUCAUCCGACGCCGCAUCUGUUACUCCCAGGUUCCUUCGAGAAGAUGAUGAUCAUCAUUUGUCUAGUUUGAUCAAGGCCAAAAUCGCUUCUCAUCCUUCUUAUCCUCGAUUGCUUCAGGCUUACUUAGACUGUCAGAAGGUAGGAGCACCACCGGAGAUAACAAGAUUGUUGGAUGAAAUUCAGCGAGAUCACGACGGUUAUAACCGUCUAGCUUUCUCCACAUGCUUGGGCGCCGAUCCUGAACUUGAUGAGUUUAUGGAAGGAUUCUGCGAUAUGCUGAUGAAAUACAAAUCGGAUCUAUCAAGGUCUUUCAACGAAGCGACUACCUUCUUGAACAAGAUUGAAAUUCAACUUGGCAACCUUUGCAACAAAGGUAUUUCGGCACUAACUAAUAGUAAAAUUGUCUGUAACACAGAUCAUGAUGGGGCUAUAUCCUCAGAAGAGGAAGUAAGUGAAGCGGAGACAGAAGCACGGAUGAGGAGAGAAGAUCGGGAACUGAAAGAUAAUUUACUACGCAAAUAUGGUGGGCAUAUUAGUAGCUUGAGGUCGGAAUUUUCAAAGAAGAAAAAGAAAGGAAAGCUUCCUAGAGAGGCAAGACAAAUAUUGCUGGAGUGGUGGAAUCUUCACUGUAGAUGGCCUUACCCGACGGAAGCUGACAAGAUUUCUCUUGCUGAAACAACGGGUCUAGACCAGAAGCAAAUCAAUAAUUGGUUUAUAAACCAGCGCAAACGCCAUUGGAGGCCAUCGGAGAACAUGCAGUUUGACAUGAUGCCCAACACAUCAGGGGAGUUUUUCACUGAUGACUGACUGAUUGACAUGAUUAUAUAUGCAUGCAUGUACCUAUUAUAUAUGUACGCACGUAGUAGUUCCUCAAAUCAGGA